AUGGCACCCAAGAAAAAGAAGCCCAAAGCUAGGAAGGCCAAGGCCAAAGGCAAGGACCCAAGGAGUGCUCUGCCCUACGUCAGUGAGAAGGAGCUGGCCCUGCAGAAGGAAUACGCCACCCUGACCGGGCACGUCGAAACGUACGCCCAGCGCGUGCAGCACUUCCAGUGGGAAAACGACUUCUUGGACAAGGAAGCCCAGCAGGUCCGGGAGGCCAACAAGGUCUACCUGUCCUACAUAACCAGGCGCACCGUGCGAUGCCAAAACGCCAUCAUUUCCCUGAACGACCAGAAUCGCUCAGACUUGGCACAGAUCCGGCAGCAGAAGGCAGCGCUGACUUCCCAGUACAAGGAAAAGGAGAAAGAGGUGAGGUGGCAGCUGAUGGAGAGGGAGGCUCAGCUCUCCCUUGUCAACAAGGAAAUGGAGGCAAUGCAGCCCUGGCAGGAGCUGCAGCGCGAGCAGCUGGCCCGGAUCCGGGAGCUGGAGAAGGAGCUGCUGGUCAUGAAAAUCCAGCACGCAGAGCAGAUGCACAAGGUCAAGAGCCGCUUCCUGCAGCAGACGGCGGACUACGAGAUGCAGUCCCGGCAGAAGGUCCAGACCCUGGCCAAGCUGGCCGAGAAGGAAGCCGUGCGCAGCCUGAUCCGGCACACCAAGCAGGUGAAAGCGGACAACUGGCGCCUGCGCCAUGAGCUGCUGGAGCUCCUCAGACAAGCCCAGGGGCUGAAGGCAUUGGUCCUCCGGCUGAGAGAGCGGCGGCAGCAGCUCCUGCAAGAGCACCAGUACCAGCAGGAGCUGGCGCGCCGGCGGGCCUGGCUACGGCACCGUGAGUCUCGGCUGACCGUCACGCCGGGCAGCAGCAGCUUCCGCUGCACCCCAGCAGCCAGGAGCCGGCUCAUCUCCCGCCGGGUGUCCAGCGCCUGA